ACUUGGUUUGCAUAUUUAUGCCCAAUCACAACCUCUUGAGAUCAUUUGAACCUUGAUAGCAACAGAAGCAACAGCUUACUGAUCAGAAGAAAAGCUCUGUACCUCACAUUCCAAUGACUAUGGGGAGUUUUUCAAUUACAGACAGCCUAUCCGCUGCACCGAUUUUGCUCUUCUGCUUCAUGACUUGUUUCUUCCUGAAGAGAAAGUCAGCACGGGAAAAUUCUUUUUCUAAUUUGCCUCCAGGACCUUGGGGCUUACCAGCAAUAGGAGCGUGUUUCCGAGUGGGACGCAACCCUCAUAUUGCCUUCACAAAAAUGGCGGACAAAUACGGAGACGUUUUCAGCUUAAUGCUCGGAAAUCGUUUAGUUGUUGUGCUCAAUGGAUUCAACGUCAUUCAAGAGACAAUUAUAAAGAAGCCGACAGUUUUUGCCGGCAGACCACGAUUGUACACCUUCGAUCUUGCCAAUCCUGACGGUAACAGUCUCACUGUAGGCGACUACACACCUCAGUGGCGGCUGAGUCGGAAGAUGAGCGUUGCAGCAGUUCACAACUUUGCAAAGGAUACAAGUAGCUUGGAGAAGAAGCUUUUUCAGGAAUCUGAACGCUUGAUCUGCUGCUUAAAGCAACAGAAAGGCAAAGCCUUUGAUGUCCGAAUCACUCUCAAGUUUGCCACAGCCAAUAUUAUUUUAAAUGCGCUGUUUGGAAUCAACCGUUCAUACGACGACCAAGACCUCCGACGUAUACUCGAGCUUGCCGACAACUACCGAGAGGCUGUGCAUGGCAGUAGUCACAUUGAUUUCUUGCCUUUUUUGAAGCAUCUUCCCAAUAGAGCGCUCACAAAGCUAGUACUUGCAUUAAAAGAAGUCUCAGCUGCCACCAAAAAGAUGUUUCUGAAAAACAAAGAAACCUACACUGAGGGCCAAGUUCGCAAUAUUGCCGAUGGUUUUAUAAAUGUCCUUGAGAAAGAAACGAUGAAAGAGGCAGAGAAUGGUCAGAACAGUGAAAACACUCAAGUAGAAAUGUCUCCCCUCUUGAAUGAUGAACAGAUUGUUCAAGUUUUGACAGAGCUCUUCGGUGCAAGCUUGGACACCUCGUCCAUAACUGUUUACUGGGGCCUGGCAUACUUAAUCAAGCAUCCCGAGAUUCAGUGUCAGUUGCAAGAUGAAUUAGACAAUGUGAUUGGACGAGAUCGGCUUCCAACCCUUACAGACAUCCCUUCCCUUCCUCUGCUCCAAGCCACGGUCUACGAACUUCUGAGGGUGACAAGUGUUGCGCCUCUGGCGAUUCCUCACUCAACUACAACUGAAACAACCAUUCGCGACUUCACAAUCCCAAAAGACACAAUGGUGUUCAUCAACUUGUGGUCUCUGCAUCGCGAUCCAGCAAUCUGGAAAGACCCGGAUGUUUUCAACCCGCGACGUUUCCUCAAUGGUGCUGGAGAGCUGAUCGAUCCGAAGACAUUUGGAGGCUUCUUGCCCUUUUCAGGAGGUCGUCGUAGGUGUCCUGGAGAAAGCCUUGCCAUGAAAACCUUACCUGUAUUCCUUGCUGCAUUACUUCACAGCUUCCGUUUCUCGCAGGACGGUUUGCCUGCUGAAUAUCAAGGUAUUAAUCUUGAGGGGCAUUUCGGCCUCACCCUGAUGCCAGAGAAAUUUUUUACGUUGAUCGAAGAGCGCAGCUGAAGAGCUUCAUUGAAAUCAGACAAAGUGACAAUACUUCUUCAGUUAAUCUCAGGAAACUUUAAAAGAAUCUUGGGUAAUUUAUUUACGUAAUUUAGUUACGUAUUCAUGAACAAGAUAUUUUUUAUUGUUCUUAUCUUACACGGCUUUUCACGGUUUUGAUUUUUAAACCGCACAAAUUAUAGUGGAAAAAUGCCGUAAUACCACAAUGACGGUGUAUUAUGUACUCGCUGAGAUAAAUACUCGCAUUUACGUGUGAAAUUGCAAUUAUUGUGUUUGGCCCUUUAGGACUAUAUUGGCAUCGGUUUGCUAAAAAAUUCUCACUUCUAUAUUUUGAGCCAACUUGUGAUAGGAAUUUGAUGUAACGGUCGAAUUUUGUUAUUUUAAGGCUAACCGUGUUUCUUGUUUAUCAAUGUGACACUGUGCCAAAGAAAAUUGUUAAGCAUAUCUUGCUAGCGUGAGUAAUUAAGAAUAUGAAACCCUUUAAGGAUUUGAAUCUUACACAUUCUGAUCUUUUUUGUCGAACACUACACUACGAAAUGAACCCUCGCUUUAGAUGUGACAAGCAUCCUGCACAUUGUUAAAAUCGGUAAUGUCGAAAGCGUAAAGUGUAGAAAAAAUUAUUUUCCAAUUUGGCUCGUCUCGCCAUAUUCAACUUCUUCAUUGGCUGAAGGCAUUUCAACCACAUAGCCAUGUUGACUAAAAGCCAAAAUUUGGCAUGCAUCCCCUUGAGGGGUUGCCCAGUCUCUUUUUACUGAAGCAAAAGGCCCGGCUUUAAAAUAUAGCUGCUGAGAAAGUAAUGAAGAAAGACAUCAUUAGUGUUUGAAAUUUCCAUGAUCACCACUUCCUGCGAUUCUGCAGCAAACCAGUCACGUAUAUUAGGACAGAUUAUGAUUAGAAAGAGACUGUAAUCUUUGGGCUUACAGGAGAACGAUAUUAACGUAUUUUUUGGCCUACAGCAAAUAAACAUAAACAUGAACAUUUUACCAA